AUGACUCUGUGUUGUGUUUAUGGUUGUUCGUCAUAUUCUGGUAAAAAUGUACAAUUUUUCUCUUUCCCAAGAAAAGAUAAACAUCAUGGUACAUUUAAAAAGUGGGUAUCUUUUUGUAAAAGAAAGAAUUUUGUACCUUCUUCAGGUACCAGAAUAUGUCCUAAACAUUUUAGAACUGAAGAUAUGAAUCAAUCUGAUUUGCUCCGAAAACAGUUGAUGCCAAAUGAAAAUAUUCGAAUACGUUUAAAUGCUGAUGCUGUUCCUACUGUAAGUUUUGACGACGAGAAAAUUACGCCGAACACUGUAAGAAGACAAUUACUGAGAACCAGUACACAAAAAAAAGUAAAAUUACAACCAUCAACAUCAACUAAUAUUAUAUGUAUGAAUAAUUGUCAAGAACAAAAUAGUGAAGAGUAUCUGAUUAAUACAAAUGUCGAAAAUAAAAACGAUAAAGGUAUACAGUGUGAUAUGGAUAAUGAAACAAAUACUGAUGCUACCGAAUCAUUCGAUUUUCCAUCUGAUAUUAGCUCUCCAGAUGACGAAUCAGAAACAACUUAUGGAGAAGAUGAAGAGCAGCUCGAUUAUCUUAGCGCUAAAACACAUUCACUAGAAAAGGUAGAUAGAAAUGCAAGUUUUAUAGUUUUUUAUGAUUGUUUAUCUGAACUUUUUAUUCAUUGUCGUCAAUGUAUCAGUAAAAUAAUAUCAAAAACAUAUUUUACGCAAGGUGCUUUACUUUCUAUUACGACAGUCUGUAAUAAAGGUCAUAAAUUACAAUGGUCAUCGCAAAAAAAAAUAGGACGUCGUCCUCAAGGUAAUAUUUUAAUCGGUUCAGCACUUAUGUUAUCGGGUGUAUUUUUUACCCAAAUGACGGCAUUUUGUCAGUCGCUUAACUUGUCGUUUUUUUCUCGGCCAGUUUAUGACAAUAUAAUAAAAUAUUUUACGGGCCGGGUUAUUUGCGAAGUUUGGGAUGACCAUCGAAAAAAAAAACUUAGAAUUACUAAAAAUUCUGAUAUUUGGUUAUCGGGUGAUGGACAGUUUGAUUCGCCUGGAUUUUGCGCAAAAUAUUGUACAUAUUCAAUUAUGGAUCUACACACAAGUAAAAUAAUUGAUUUUAAGCUCGUACAAAAAGGUAUGUUUCAAGGUGAUCUCGAAAGAAAAGUGUGUGAAUUAUUAUUAGAAAAUUUAACUAAAGAAGAAAAUAUGAAAAUUAAAUUAUUUUUAUCCGAUAGGCAUAAAGGUAUACGGUAUUAUUUACGAACACAGCACCCUGAGAUUGAACAUGAGUUUGAUAUAUGGCACUUAACAAAAAGUUUAAUGAAGAGAUUAAAAACAUUAGAAACGAAACAUCCAGAUGUUUUUCUAUGGAAAUCUAGUAUUAACAACCAUUUAUGGUGGUCGGCGCAAACUUGUCAAGGAAAUGGUAAAAUAUUGGUUGAACAUUUUUUAUCAGUUUUACAUCAUAUUAGUAAUGAACACGAAUGGGAAAGUGGAGAAAUAAAACGAUGUGAACAUGAGUCAAUAUCAGAAAAAGAAUCAAAUUAA